AUGUUGAAGGCUACUCGUAGUGAUAGAGAUGGGGCAAGUGUCUUUAAAAGUACAAUCAAAGUUAUGGUUAUCGACCAUAACAAGGACUUGCUUAAUAGUGUUAGUGACUUUCUUAUGUCACGUUCAUUUGAAGUUACAUGGGUUGAAGAUGCUGGUGCUGCUUUAAGAACACUCUCAGUAAAGAAAGGCAAAUUCGAUCUCCUACUAAUAGAUAGUGACUUGAGAGAUGUGGAUAUUAUCACAUUCCUCCGAUUAACAAAGCAUAUGAACAUUCUAUCAAUGGUAAUGCGUGAGGAAGUAGACGAUAAUUUCUUGUUGAAAAUGAUUAAGAAUGGUGCAUUUCUUGUCAUCAAAAGACCACUUACAGAUGAUGUAGUAUUCCAUGCACGUCAGCAUGUGAUCAGAGAGCGGAUACAUAAGUUGGAGCCAUUUAGAAAGUGUCAUGAGAGCAUCGAACUCGAAAGUGAAAAUAGAAAGGAUAAUUGUGAUACAAGGAAGAACGUAAGAAAUUGUUAUAAUACAAGAAACUCAGACAUCCAACUGCUUGAUGAUGGAAUUUGUAGUUCCAAGAAGAAGAUUUGCUUGGAGUGGACAGAAGAACUUCAUGAUAAAUUCCUUUGUGUUGUCCAAAAGCUAACUAGAGAAGGAAGGUGUUUACCAAGAGAUAUAGUUGACACUAUGAAAGUACCUGGACUUACAAGGAUGCAAGUUGCAAGUCACCUUCAGAAAUGUCGUGAAGAUGGAUGGAACUUUAGUGGAAAACGAGGACAACCGAGUUCAUCAAAGGAUAAUACAUUCUCAAGUAAUAACUCGCAAGGACUUGGUUUGAGAAGAUUUGGUCGUAUGCCUCCUGUAGCAAGACAUGUGGACAAUCAAAAAGAAAGAAACACUCAUAUUGAUGCUACCUAUUCAAGCAAUGAAGUACAUAUGGAUUUGGAUGACAUGAAUAAUCAAUAUUUUCAUGAUUCUUCACUGAUGAAUGGUUUUAAAUUCCAAAACAGUGGAAAAGUGUUUUCUGUACCUAGUGAUGGACAAUUUUGUGAUUCUUCAUUGAUGAAUGGUUUCAAAUUUCAAAACCAUGGACAACUGCUUUCUGCACCUAGUGCUGGACAAGAUUGUGAUUCCUCAUUAAUGAAUGGUUUUGGAUUACAAAAUAGUGCAAAAGUGAUCACUAUACCUAGUGUACAUAGUUCUGGACAAGAUUAUGAUUCUUCAUUGAUGAAUGGCUUUGGAUUACAAAACAAUGGACAACUGGUUUCUGUACCUAGUGCUAGACAAGAUUAUGAUUCUUCACUAAUGACUGGUUUUGGAUUACAAAACAGUGGAAAAGUGCUCACUAUACCUAGUGUACCUAGUUCUGUACAAGAUUGUGGUUCAUCAUUAAUGAAUGAUUUUGGAUUACAAAACAGUGGAAAAGUGUUAACUAUACCUAGUGUUGGACAAAGUUGUGAUUCUUCAUUGAUGAAUGGUUUUGGAUUACAAAAUAGUGGACAAGGUUUAAGCCAUCAUAUCUUUCAACCAAAUCAAGCAUUUGAUGAUUUCUUUGAUUUUGGGAACGACAUAGAUGGAAAUGCAUCGCUUGCAUGCAUGCAACUCAAUGUGUUGGGAGAAAACAAUGACUAUGUAUCUGAACAAAUGUAUACUUAUUAUGAUCAGGUAAUGCCUAAUCAGGGAACUUCAUUAUGCAACAAUCAAAUCUCACAAGAAGUUGGCGAAGGAAAUGUUUGA